AGCCGUGUUCUUAGUUAUUAGUGAUGAUCAGAUUUAUUGUUUCUAAGCUCUUCAACAUCUCACAUUUUAACAGUUAUUAGUGCCGUACGAGCUUGUAUUUUGACCGAGCGAGAGAGUGGGAAGCCAUUUUUUUGCGAGAGACGAGAAUGGGAAGACAUGUUGUAAUGCACGUAACUGUCGAUUCUGUACGGAGUUUUCCUGUGGUGGACUAUUGGCAUGAAAUGUCAUAAUUUUCAUUGCAUACGUGCUAAAUUCAGCCCCCAAACAACUCUGCUCAAGUUCCACACAUCAUGGACAGCAAUUCCUCAGCAGAAGAGGAUAACUCAAGUGCUGAUGAAAAUGCUUCACCGCAGCGGGAUAGUAGCGAUGAGGUGAACCACUCUGGCUCUGCCUCUGAAUCAGAAGAGCACUCUGAGGCAGAGGCUGUCAGUCAUUCAGAGGCACAUUCUGCCUCUGGUUCAGACAAUAAUAUGGAGGAGGAGGAGGAAGAGGAAGAAGAAGAGGAGGAAGAAGGAGAUGGUGACGACGAUGAUGAUGAUCAAGAAGAGCAAGAAGAAGAAGAAGAGGAAGAAGGGGAUGGGGAAGAGGAGGAAGAAGAAGAUGAGGAUGAGAAUCAAGAUGAAGACGAGGAGGAAGAGGAAGAGGAUGAAGACGGUGAAGCGGAAGACGAGGAAGGUAGCAACGAUGAUGGAUCAGAUGAUUCAGGAAGUGAUCACAAGUUAGGUGGACGUCGGCUCAGUCGAAAAGAUAGCAUGGAAGAACUGAAGAUGAUGUGGGAGGAGUACCCAGAUAUCUACGGUGUGAGAAGAUCAGCAAGGUCAAGGAAAGAAGUGGACAGAUUUCAAGUCAUUAAGCAAGGAUCAGACGAAGACGAUGAGACGACACCUAUGAAGCGACGAAGAAGUGCAAGUACCUCAAGCCGAGGAAGAGGAAGGCCUGGCAAAAGGUUAAGUGACACCUCUGACGACAAUGACAACGAAGACGAGGAGGGAAGCGAAGAAUCAGACUUUAGCCCUUCGAACAAGAAGGCUGGCAACAUGAGAAAGAAAAGGCCGGUGAAGAAAAAGGGGAGGCAAAAUUCAUCAUCCAAAAAACCUUUAAAACAUAAACACAAAAGCCUGUCAAGUGAAGACGAUACCGACAGUGAGGAUAUCAAGAGGGCAGCAUCAAGGCGGAAGGCGGCUGCUGGUGUGAGCAGUUACAAAGAGGACAGUGACCAAGCAACUGAUUCUGAUGAGAUCAUUGAAGCAGUCCCUGGUCAGGAGCUAGUCGAUGACAACAGUGAGAUGAUCGAGAGAGUGCUUUGUCAACGUAUUGGAAGACUAGGAAAAACUGGAGGCAUAACCACCGUGUACGCUGUGGAGACCGAUGGUGAUCCAAACGCUGAUAUAGACCUUGAGACGGAAGAGACGGAGAAACAGUACCUGAUCAAGUGGAAGUCUUGGGCUCACAUUCACAAUACCUGGGAGUCCGAGGCUGGACUAAGAACACAGAAGGUCCGAGGGAUGAAGAAGUUGGAGAACUUUAUUCAGAGGGAAGAUGAGAUAGAGCAAUGGAAACGCAUUGCAUCUCCAGAGGACAUAGAGUACUUUGAAUGUCAAUAUGAGAUGACCAUGCAACUCUUUGACCAAUGCCAGAGGGUCGAGAGAGUCAUAGCUCACACGAACCAGAAGCAGCCUGGUGACUACCAGUCAGGUUACCCAGACUACUUUGUGAAGUGGCAGGGGCUUCCCUAUGCCGACUGCACGUGGGAGGAUGGAGAGCUCAUCUCCAGAGACUUCCAGCACUGUAUCGAGGACUACACAAUACGCAGCAAGUCACAGAAGAUACCUGCCAGGAGUGCAAAGGUGCUAAAAAGUAGACCCCGGUUUGCUGCUCUGAAGAAACAGCCUACGUACAUAGGCACAGACGAGCUUGAACUGAGGGACUACCAAUUGGAUGGCCUCAACUGGCUUGCACACUCCUGGUGCAAGCGAAACAGCGUGAUUCUUGCCGACGAGAUGGGAUUGGGGAAGACCAUCCAAGUCAUCUCUUUCCUCUCCUAUCUCUUCAAUGUCCAUCAACUCUACGGUCCAUUCCUCAUCGUGGUUCCGCUCUCCACCAUGACGUCGUGGCAGAGGGAGUUUGAAGCCUGGGACAGCAAGAUGAAUGUGGUGGUGUACAUAGGAGACAUCAACAGUAGAAACAGUAUCCGGGAGUAUGAGUGGUGUGUCCAUGGAAACAGGAACAAACUCAAACUCAAUGCAAUCCUCACAACUUAUGAAAUUCUACUUAAAGACAAAGCAUUCCUUGGAGCCGUGCCUUGGGCCGUGCUGGUGGUCGAUGAAGCCCACAGGCUGAAGAACGAUGAUUCCCUGCUCUACAAGUCACUCAAAGAGUUUGAAACCAACCACAGACUCCUCAUCACCGGGACGCCUCUGCAGAACUCACUCAAGGAACUCUGGUCCUUACUUCACUUCAUCAUGCCAGAGAGGUUUCCAACUUGGGAGAUCUUUGAGGAGGAGUUUUCACAAGCAGACAAGAACGGUUACGCCAGUCUCCACCAGGAGCUGGAGCCGUUCCUGCUGAGGAGAGUCAAGAAGGAUGUGGAGAAAUCACUUCCUGCCAAGGUGGAGAGGAUCUUGAGAGUUGAGAUGAGCUCUUUACAGAAACAGUACUACAAGUUUAUCUUGACAAGGAACUUCAAGGCCCUGUGCAAAGGUUUGAAGGGGAAUACAAGCUCCUUCAUCAACAUCAUGAUGGAACUGAAGAAAUGCUGCAAUCACUCGCUACUCAUUAGACCUCCAGAAGAUGAGUCUGAUCCAGACCUCAAGUACAUCAUCCGAGGUAGUGGUAAGCUGGUGUUGCUGGACAAGCUUCUGACCAGACUCCAGGAGAGGGGUCAUCGGGUGCUCAUCUUCUCUCAGAUGGUCCGUAUGCUGGACAUCCUCUCAGAAUACCUCCAGUACAGACAUUUCCAGCAUCAGAGAUUGGACGGAUCGAUUCGCGGUGAGAUCAGAAAGCAGGCUUUGGAUCACUUCAAUGCAGAAGGAUCUCAGGACUUCUGCUUCUUGCUGUCCACGAGAGCAGGAGGUCUCGGCCUGAACCUUGCUUCAGCAGACACUGUCAUCAUCUUUGACUCUGACUGGAAUCCUCAGAAUGAUAUCCAAGCCAUGGCCAGGGCACAUAGGAUAGGGCAGAGGAGACAGGUGAACAUCUACAGAUUGGUUACCAAGGAUACCAUAGAGGAGGAGAUCAUAGAGAGAGCCAAGAGGAAGAUGGUGCUAGAUCACUUGGUGAUACAAAGGAUGGACACUACCGGAAGAACAGUCUUAUCAAAGUCAUCAUCUCAAGCAAGUAGAGAUGCCCCGUUCAGCAAGGAAGAACUGACAGCUAUCCUCAAGUUCAGGGCCGAGGAACUCUUCAAGGAACCAGACGGAGAGGAGACGGAACUUCCGGAGAUGGACAUUGAUGCAAUCCUAGAGAGAGCAGAGACGAGAGAACAGGAAGAGCCUGGUGGUGCAGGAGAAGAGCUUCUCUCACAGUUCAAGGUGGCCAACUUCAAUGCAACGGAAGAACCCGAUGAGGAGGAUGAGGGCAAGGACUGGGAGGACAUCAUCCCAGCAUCAGAGAGGAGUAAGAUGGAGGAGGAAGAGAAACAGAAGGAAGAGAUGGCUCUCUAUCUACCACCUAGGAUAAGAAAACAAGUCAAUAGGAUGACGUAUCAUGACAGCGAUUCUGAAGCCUCGUUCAGUAGAAAGCGGAAGCGUGACAUGGUGUCCAGUGCAAGCAGUGACUCUGAUGACAGCGACAAUGACAACCGCAAGUCAAAGAGACCUAGGGGGAGACCUCGGACAGUACCAAGAGAUACUGUGCAAGGAUUCUCUGAUAGUGAUAUUAGAAGGUUUGUCAAAAGUUACAAGAAGUUCGGAGCACCACUUACAAGGUUAGAGGCAAUAGCAGGAGAUGCAGAGCUUCAGGAGAAGGCCCAAGCAGACCUGAAGAGAUUAGGCACCCUACUCCAUGACAGCUGUGUCAAGGCUGUGGAGGACUACAACGAAAGGCUCAAGGCUGACAAUGACUUUGAUGGUAAGAAACGAGGAGCUACUUUCAAGCUGUCCAACGUGACCAUCAAUGCACCUUCAGUGCUCAAGCACGAAGAAGAGAACGAACCCCUUGCCUCAAUACCUGCCAGCAAAGAGAAGAGGAAAAAAUUUCAGCUGCAUUCCAGAUUACGCAUCGUCCACUGGGACGUGGAGUGGGAUGAGGAUGAUGAUCACAAUCUUCUCAUCGGGAUCUACGAGUACGGCCUGGGAAGCUGGGAAGCAAUCAAGAUGGACCCAUCUCUCAACCUACAUGAUAAGAUCUUGUUAGCAGACCCAACCAAAAAGCCCCAAGCCAAGCAACUACAGACCAGAGCUGAGAACCUGGUCAAGGUGCUGAGGAAAGAAACGUCAGCAAACAAAGCAGCUGAAAAGGUCACACACAAUGCCAGACCAAGGAAAGGGACCAAAGCGAAAGAUGAAACGGAGGAGAAACAAAAGCCUGGCAGAAGGAAAAAGGGUGAAAACAAAGACAAUGGCGAAGUCACAAACAAAAAUGACUCUGAUAAGGGGCCAAAGAAGAGGGGCCGCAAACCUAUGGACGAGAAGGAGAAGGAGAGGAGAAAAAAGGAGAGAGAGAAAGAGAAGGAGAAAGGCAAGGAGAACAAAAAGGAACCAAAGAAAAAGGGAGAGAGGAAGACGAAGAAGGAGAAGGAAGAAGUGCAAGUCAAGGAUGAAGUGGAAUCAGAGGAGGAAGAUAUGGAGUCGGAGAAGGAGGACGACGACGACGAAGAGAGGGAGAUUGAGGAGGGAGAAAUUGAAGAACCAAAGAAGAGCAAAGGAAACAAGAAAGGUGCUGCCAAGAGAAAUAUCCAGUCCAUGCAAACGCCCGUUGUCUUCAAUCCAACCGGAGAGCUGGAUGAUCAGACAUUCAGUGCUUGCAAGGAGAGGAUGAGACCAGUCAAGAGGGCUCUCAAGCUGUUGGACAACCCUCCAGAAGAUGUCUCAGAGAAAGAGCAACUCAACCACACCAGACAAUGCCUCCUCAAGAUUGGAGACCGCAUCAAUGAAUGCAUCCAAGAGUUCAACGACCCCGACAAGAUCCAAGAAUGGAAAGGAGACCUGUGGACGUUUGUAGCCAUGUUUACAGAGUUUGAUGCUAAGAAGCUCUACCGGUUAUAUCGCCAUGCACAUAAGAAGAGGGAGGAAGAUGAGGCAAAAUCACACAAUUCUGCUCCCUCCAAAAAGCGACAGGCUGAUGGAGGCAUUCAGCGGGGUCGAGACGGAGCUCCGCAUCACCAGGGUGGACCAGGCAACGUCAGAAGACCGCAAAUGGCUGCUGAUGGUCAUAGCGACAGAGGAAGGGACAGUUUUGGUCAGCAACGGCACAGUUUUAAUGACUGGUCCCAAGAGCGGAGGGGGCCAGUCGAUGGCCAUGGUAGAGAGCAUUACCGAGACAGGUAUGGGUCCAGUGACGGAGGGGGUAGUUACAAUCGCCAGCACUAUGAGAACCACAGGUUUAGUGGAACGUACAACUCCGGUGCUGGGGGUGACAGCAGGUAUUCGAGGGACAGAGAAGAUUCACAUGGAAGAUAUGAUCACAAAUGGGAGCACGGGUCUCAGGGGUCCAAUCACAACAGACAUUACCACCGAGGAGGAGGAGGGGAUGAACACCGCCGUCACGCCAACGACAAGCCAGACGCUGGCAACGCCCACGAGGAACAGGCACCCCACUUCCAGAGGUCACAGUCGGCCGAGUCCAAGAAGAGAAAGCUGGAGCAGCAUCGGGUGGACCGGGGAGGGGGCGACCACCAUCGAAGGGAGGCGGGGAGGGGGGACUUGUGGUCUGGUGGAGACCUCCCCAGGUAACAGAUGGGGAUAAGAGACCGGGUAAUUAUCUGGUCUCAAUCGAUGUAGUGUACAAAUAAUAGAAAUCAUCAUACUCAGAAAAUAACUCUAUGGACAGGAUAGACUAUCUCACCAGGGACCCGUUUCACAAAGCCUUUUUUUCUUCAAUGACAAAUGACAAAAAUCAGUGACAAAUCUGCUGAUAACCAAUCAGAAGCAAGGAUUUCAGUAGCUUAUAACAAAAAAUGUCAUUUGUCACUAAUGACAAGUUUUGUGAAAUGGGGCCCAGGACAUCUUGUGUUGUACAGACCUGAAUAUAACCUAUGACAAGAGGACAUUUGUACAGAUAGUGUUUAUCAAAUAAUUGUCGAACUCUGUCACUCAAACAUUUGUAAAUGAUUGAAUUUGCUAUGCCACCCCUGGCCAGAUGUUUCAAAGCCCGAUUCAAGUGUAUGUCUUUUGUGGAGUGUACCACUUGUUCCCCAUGCUUGGUCAAGAUUCAUUUGCUAUCGAUGAGAUUCAUUUUAAUAUGCAUUUUAAACGCAAACAAUAAAGACUGUCAACACUGAAAUAUCUGGCAAUCUGAUUGUUUUAAAGAUACUGAUUAAAUUUUAAUAACAUUCAUGCAAUGAUAUUUCAAUCAAUACACAGAAGCUGACAGUGGAACAGCAAUAUUUCUUUGUGACAGUGAAACUAUUCUUAAAGAAAAUGCAGGUAUACCUUUUUGGGAGUUGGUGUUUGUUCAGAAAUGAUAUUGACAGUAACUUGAAGCGAUGAAAUAGCAUAAGCAAAGAUGAGAAUGUCGUGUGUAUGGCCAUGUUUAGUUUGUUGCAUCCCCCUAGUGUUGUGUACUUGCCAAUCUACCUAGCUCCUAAUGUCUCUGAAAACAGAGAAUUUUAGAUCUCAUACUUAAAAGAAGUUGUUUGAAGAUUACUGUAAUCCCUUGAAGAUGAUAUAUGACAACAGCCCUUUUUUCUAUUUCAAUGGAGGUUCAUUAUCAGAACAAUUAUCUACCGGUAGUUCAAUAAUUUGCCCUCUUUUGUUGUAUUCAACAUGACCUUUGAUGAUUUAAUUAGUACUGUUAUUAGAAUAAGCAAAAUGUUUUUGACCAUUAUCAAAUUUAUAUUGCAAUGUACUCUAUGCAUGAAGGAAUUAAUUGAACAGGUGACAGAUGCACAAAUCCUACUUAUUAUUGGUAUGUUAUUUAAAACAAAAUGAUAACUAACAAGAAUUGUAAUUAUAGACUGGUGGUAAGGUAAAAAAUGACUCGUUCAAUCAUUUGAAGCAGCAAUUUAUCAGUAUUACAAUUCAUAUUGGUUAAUGUUUAAUAAGAUGAUUUAAGAGAAAAUAUAUAAAUCAAUUCGUAUCAGAAGAAGAAAAAAAAUCUGUCACAAAAUGGAACCAAUAACAAAAUUACUUCUUUGGACAGACUUGAAGUUGCCCAUGAUUUUUAAAUAACCAGGGAGAGAAAAUUUAUGAUGGAAACAAAAAGUGUUCUUUUCUGGGAAGGAUAUUAUACAUGUAUCGUACAUUUGUGGGGAAGAAGAGAUUUCACUUGCCAUACAAUGAAAAAUGGAAAAUCAAUGCCAAAACGAUAUGCUGUGUGUUCAACAGAUUGGAGUUUGAAAAACAAGCCAAAUAUAAUGCCAUGGUAAUUAUUUUCAUAUAUUAACUUAUUGACAUUGGAAUGAUAUUAAACUAAAUUUUAAUUUUGAUAAGGAAAGCAAAGUGAAUCAUGUUGAGCUAUUGCAAUUUCUUGAAGCACGAUAUAGAAAAUACAGUUGUGCAAUUAGACCUUGCAGGGCUUGUCGUGCUCAAGGGAAAAUGUGCCUUUUUCAGCACACUUAAAAUAAACACCCUAAAUCUGCCUUUUAAGUGAACUCCCAGACUAUGGCAAUAGUAAUGUUGUUUGGGAAUGCAAAACGUGAAGUGUUGUACUCCACUCUUGCUGUGCCGAUGUCUUGUUUAUGUGACAAACAGAUUAGGUAUUUUCAAUCAAACAUUGCUACGCCAAGAAAGAAACAUGUGGUGUUCAGUAUGUAUCAGUGUUUAGAACAUGAAUCAAUUACAAGUUUUCUGAAUAUCUAAUAAUUAUUAUAUGCUAUUGCAGAAAUUUUUGAAUAAAAAUGGCAGAUUUUGUUCAGGAUCUUUUCUCACUUAAACAUGAAACAAAUGGUAGUAGACAAAUAAGGUACAGCAAUGUAAAGGACUCUACUUUUUUUACGAUGAAGGUCAUGCGUUCAAUUAGGUAAAGAAGAAAUAUUUGAUAUCAUACGAAAUGGUAAUAAAUUUCCUACAACUGUUGAACACAGAAGCUUACCAUACAAGCUGUGUUUAAAGAAUUGCAGGUGUUUCAAAAUGAUGUAUUGCUCUUGUUUUGGCAAAGUCCCGGAACAAACCAAAUUACUCUGCAGUUAAAAGAAUUUGCCUAUUCCAGCCGACUAUAUGUAUUAGGUCUACAUUCUUUAAGAGAAUAAUGGUGCUUAUGUUUGGUUUAAAACAUUUAAUCUCAUUUACUACAUAAAUAAAACGAGAAGAAGAAAAAACCUUAUUAUUAACAAAAAUUAAAUUUCCCUACUAUGAAUUUUGUGUCUACAAAGUUCCUUUUAAUGCCAAAUGCUUCCACAUUCCACUAAUAAAAUUAUAUAUUUUGUAGAAAUCUAUUGAACUUCAAACCUUUUUGCAGUUGUGCUUUAUCAAGCUUAAAGACAUCUCCAUACAUUACAAAUUUUCCUAUUUGUGAGUAAAUUCACAAGAAAGAUAAUUUGCUACAUGAGUUCUGAUUUAGCGUAGGUGUAUAUAAUGGCUAAGGAAAGAAGACACUCCUAAAUUGUCAACAUUUUCACUUGACAAACUGUCGACGAAACUUCAUCAGCGGCCAAAAUUCUCAUUGGAAAGAUUAGUUUUGUAUGUGAAAUGCAAUCAUUAUUUGUCACCCUUGUAUUGCAAUGCUCGCACUAUGAAAAGGUUCUUUUUUUACCCCAUGAAGGAGCAAAUAACUAUAUUGAGGAAUAUGUCUGGUUGUGUCAAUGGAAAAAAAAUUGAUGAUGAAUUUGCAAUUCUAUUUUAUCUGGAGACCUUGGUUUCAUUCUCCAGUUUAUAUUUGGCGGAUCACAGACAGAAUCAGGUCAUUGAAUAUUGUGCAGAAUAAUAUUUUGUUACAUUCAGAGUUGACUGUAUAUAACAAGUAUGGUUUUCAUCACUCACUGACGAGUCCAGAGAGAAUUUUUUAUAACAUUCAUAUCAAAUGUAGCAUCUAUACAGAACAUAGUGAACAGCAUUAGGUGGCAGAAAGUUGGUUGAACUAGUCUUUAACAGAUGUGUAUUUAUUUGGUGAAAAUGUAUGUGUGGAUACCGAUGGUAUUGUCAUUUGUAAUUUGUAACAAAUUUAUGUAAAGAUAACACUGUAGCAACUCCAGCGAGUUUUAUGAAGCACUUGUACAGAUGGAUGUAAUAUUUGUGUACAGUAUUCUGUAAAAAGGAAUUAGAUGCUAUGAUUUAUACUCGAGUAUGUUCUCUCGUUAUUUGCCUUGAUAUGUAGUGUCUUCGGUAUGUUUGUGAUGAACUGGCAUGUUAAUGUGAAUUUUUGUUAUUGUUGUUUAAAAGCAUUAUUUUUGUUAAGCUGCAAAUAAUGAGCAGAAAAUUUGUCUUUUGUUUGUAAAUAAUAAUAUAUGUAUGAACAAUGAAUGAACUACUAUUUGUGUACAUAGAUAAUGAUGUACAUGUGAGACGGCUUCUUUGCCAUUGUCAUGGCAUUGUCUGUCGCAUAUUCGUAAAAAAUAAAAGAUGCAGAUAAAUCGAGAA